AUGCCAACCCUCACUGCCCUGUGCGCAGACCAGCCUCUGCCCUGCGAACGCAACCUUCGCACGCCGCGCGCUCGGCCCUUAUUGGCGGAGCGCACAAAGGGCGGCCACGUCGCACUCGCUGAUUGGUGCGCUCUGGGCUACGGCGCCCAGCCGUUGGUCGCCAAGGUUCCCACCGCGCAGAAGGAACAAACACUGCCUGAUCUUUUACAGUCGGACCAAGAUGUGUGCGGCCCACACUCGGAGGAGUUCCCUGAUGUGCAGCUCAUAAAAGUGGGCUUCUUCCCCAAGGGAAAGAGCCACUUCCCCGGAGAGAGGUUCCAAAGGAACGUAUUUAGCAGCGCUGGGGCAUCCCUGCCCCCUGGAUCCCAAGUAUCCACCGCGACCAUGCUGAGGCAGUUUUCUAGAGAGUUAGACAUCUCUUCUCCCACCAAGUCACCGUCGAAGAAAACGCCCAGCAUGGUCGCAGGGAAGAAAGGGGGCAGGUCUGGCCAUCAGCCCCGAGCUGCUGCAAGGAGGAAGGGAACAUCUCAGGACAAAAAGCCUUCAGGCCCGUGUUCAUCAAAAACAACCAUGGAACCACACCCACAGACCUAUGUCCUGAGCGAGCCCCUACCAUCGGCUGCCUUUCCUCCUAUUUCUGGUCUUCCAGCAUUUGGGGGUGCAGAGAAGUAUCCCAAAGCCCCCUCAGGAACCAAACCGUCCAAGCACGGCAGCCCUAGAAGAAAAUCUGUACACAUAAGCAGAGAGCUGGAGCUGGCGGCCCAAGAAAACAACAGCCCCAGUAAAGAGCUAACUCCAAAGGGCCAACUUUACGUACCUGGACCCGGGCCAUCUUCUAUGCCCCUGCCUCUGCCCCUGCCCCUGCCCCGCAGAAGGCACAGUGGAGGGCACAGCUAUCCGGAGCGCAAGACCAUGCCUUGCCAACAGGAAAGAGAAUCAUCACUGGCUCUGCUUAGGACCCUGGAAAGCCCCAGGCCUGGGUUGUCUGCCCCUGUAGGUUGCCCACGGCCAAUUCAUGCAUCACUGGAAAAGCUGCAGCUCUCCCCAGCAGCCCCAUUCUGCCCUCAGUGUGUGGUGCUGCAGAAGGAAAUCGCAAGCCUGAAAGACCAGCUUGCGAGUAUGCAGAGUCUCAUCGACAAGUUCCAAGUCCUUCAGAGUGAGUGGAACACAUUCAUGCGGAUCCUGAAGUCCGGGGGCCGGGGGCCAGCCCCUGAAGGGGCUCCUCACUGAUGCUGCUCUUUCACAGCUGGAACACAGGGCCCAUUUGUGAACCCUGGAACUCCCCUACAGUCCCCCUAUUCUCAUCAGAUGACCCCACUCCUUCCGGGGGUGUUGACUCCUGGAUCUCACUCAUUGUCCCAAUAAAACGCCUCUCAGA